UGCGAAAGAAACGAACACUCGAUGGCCACUACGUGGGAAGAAGCACAGCAGAAUUCGGAUGCACAGAAAACCGGAAACUUCUCUUAUGCAACACAACCAACACUGGCGGAAGGAGAAACUAUGGAGGUCGAAGAAACAAACGGAAGUAGCGAGGUGGUUCGGGAGCUGGACAAACAAAUAUUACGCAAAGUGAUAAUAGGAGUAGUGGAGGAUAUCCCAUCAGGAAAUCAUAUGGAAUCCGACAUGGAGCCGCUUCUUCCACCUUCGGCAUAUUUACACAAUCCAGUCAAUGCGAUCGCUACAAAAUACGUGCACACUUCAACAAACAAAAAUCGGUAUCCCGUUAAUGUGGUUCGGUGGACACCUGAGGGCAGACGACUUAUUACCGGAUUAUCUAGCGGAGAAUUUACGUUAUGGAAUGGAUUAACAUUUAACUUCGAAACUAUAUUACAGGCACAUGAAUCAGCAGUACGAGCGAUGAAGUGGUCUCAUAACGAUAAUUGGAUGGUAACUGCAGAUCAUAAAGGUAUCAUAAAAUACUGGCAAUCCAACAUGAAUAAUUUGAAGAUGUUUGAAGGCCAUAAAGAAGCAAUUAGAGAUUUAUCCUUUUCUCCUACCGAUACGAAAUUCGCUACCUGUUCCGAUGAUGGAACCAUUAAGAUCUGGGAUUUUAACGAAGGAAUCGAGGAAAAAGCUUUAUCUGGACAUGGAUGGGACGUUAAAGCUGUUGAUUGGCACCCUCAUAAGUCACUUUUAGCAUCUGGUUCCAAAGACAAUUUGAUCAAAUUUUGGGAUCCCAAGUCCGGAAAAAAUGUGGAUACCUUACAAGAUUCAUUAGUUGAAGCGGUUGAGUUUGCUCAUGAUCAAAAUGUUUGGUCACUUGAUUGGCAUCCAAUUGGUCACAUAUUAGUAUCUGGUUCAAAUGAUCAUUCAACAAGAUUUUGGACAAGAGCACGACCUGGUGAUACAGUCCAAGACAAGUACCACGUUGGUAGACAGAGAGCGGAAGAACUUGGAUUGAAAGAUGUCGACAAUGAUGACUUUGUUCCUGGCUUGACAUUCAAUAAUGGUGGUUUGAUGAGCGGAUUCCUACCUGUUCCCAUGAAUCCUUAUCCAAUAGUUAGGCCAGACUUCAUUCAAUCAUCUCAAUCUGAACAAAGACAAGAACCUCUUACUCCACCGAAAAUUUUCGAUGUCACAGAUAUUUCAUAUGUAUCGUCUACCACUGACAUCAAAGUUGAUGAGUUACCUGGACUUGGAUUAUUAACUAGUAAUUCAUCCAUGAACCAACUGCCACCCGGUUUAAGUUUAAAUUCUGCUUCUCCUCCGGGUCUUAGUAGAAGUCAGCCAGGAGGCAUGACACGUCCAAUUAUCAAUCAACAAAGACCGCCAACCAAUGUUUCACUAUCACAACCACAGCAAUUCCAACAAAGACCUAUGUAUCAUCAACAGCUUCCUGCACAAACUCAGGGAGGAUACAUCAGUGAAUAUAGGGCCUAG